UAUCUGUUAAAGGUUUUGCCGCACAUUAGUCCGGUAGUUCAUCCACUGGACUUGUUAAUGAAGCAUGAAGGCCCUAAGUUUUCACGGUUUCUUGCUGCUACUGUUCAUACUAACGCAAGUGAAGAGUGUUCAGUCUGCACCUUGCCAACAGACGACAAAAGUAGUUAGAUCUUAUCAGAGCAGGAUAUGCACUUGUCGGUGGUGGGGAAUUUGUACUCACCAUGACUGGGUGUGGCGGUAUAUUGAGGAGUAUAAAACAACUUGUUGUGCUGGCUAUGGAGGACCAAACUGCCAACCUAUCUGUAGCAGUGGGUGUUAUGGCCGUGGAACGUGCGUAGCACCUGAGCAAUGCCGUUGCUAUAAUAGCGAUCAGUAUACAGGAUAUGCUUGUCAAACUCCUGUGUGCAACCCACGUUGUGAACACGGCACAUGUGUAGCGCCAAAUACUUGUUCCUGUCACCAUGGUUACAAUGGAAGACUUUGUAAUGCACCUAUUUGCAAUCCUUCCUGUAAGAAUGGAGGCACAUGUUCCAGGCCAAAUACAUGUAUCUGUCCUGCGGGCAAAUUCACAGGCCCCAACUGUGAUGAACCUAUUUGUAGUCCUCUUUGUUUGAACGGAGGCAGAUGUUUAAUAUCACGAACCUGUCAGUGUCCAUCUUACUAUACUGGGCCAGACUGUGGAACACCUGUCUGCACGCCAUCAUGUCUAAAUGGGGGAACAUGCAUAUCACCAAAUACGUGUUCUUGUGACGAAACAUAUAUUGGGCAACGCUGCGAGACCCCUCUUUGUUCCUAUCAUUCUCCUUGUUUUCCGGGAACGUGUGCUGACACCGUAACCUGCCAAUGCCACGAUGGUUUCAGCGGAAUAAAUGGAAACCAAAGAUGUCGAACAAUGACACCAGGAAAUAGUCCAAUUAUAACCCAGUGUACAUCUGUAUUGGCCAAUAUUGACAGAACAGGCCAGAAGAUGGAAAAAUACCGAUUUGUCACUGAUUCGUCUCAGCCAAACUCCACCAGGGUAGACACAAUGUGGGUCAACCAAAAGGACUAUAACUACAUCAAUGUAGAGUUUGCCGCUUUUUCCCUAUCCCCAGAGAAUAUCGUGAAACCAAACUAUGUAACAGGUUUUAAAUUUGGAAUUGUGUCGGGAAAAAUUCAAAUCGAUCUUCAAAAAGUAGACAGAAAUGAUCCGAAUCAGCCAUUUGUAAGCCAAAACGAAACACAGAAUUGCAGAUAUCAGCCAGGCUCUUCAAAUCCCAACGACGAUGUCUUCCAUUGCAACUUUACGGACGAGAAUUUUGACAGACUCUUGGAAAAUGGAGACAAUUUGACGUUAACGGUCAUUGCUGAAAACGGCGGAUUUCGGGAAUUGAAUACUCCAACUGGACAUACACAGGAUUACUUCUACGGCCAAUCUUCUACAAAAUCUACCAUGUUUCGUUUUGACUUUAUCAAACCAUAUCAUUGUCUCCUGGAUAAACCUAAUCCUUGUUCUUCAAAAGCCCUAGACGUAACAGAAGAUAUAACAAAGUCUCCCAUACGAUUUUAUUGGAACAACUGGAUAGAUAAGCUUUCUGGAAUACAUGGAUACAAAUUACAAGUCUUUCUGCUGAAAUCAAACGUAACAACUCUUACAGAACCACGGCCUUGGAACCCUGAUGAAGAAAUAUCUUUUAAUAAAAGUGAAUCAGGCUAUACUUAUGUUCCAAAGCAGAGUGGGAUGUUUUCGUUUAUUUUGAAUGUCAUAGAUAAUGCUAAUAAUACAAAAUAUGCGCGAACAUUAGUACUAUAUGACCCGUCGUCGAUUGUUACAGUGUCUUCGACUCCAUUUUUUGCGACAACAGCAGAAGAAGAAACACAUUAUCGGUGGCAAAAAUCUCUGAAUAGUAGUAUAACAAUUUCAUGGAAGGGACAUUUCCAAAACAAAUUUCAUCAUAACAGAGGACUUUUGAAUCCUGUUGCACGCUAUUUGCACUAUGAUUUCAUGGCAAAAUACGAGAAAAAAGUCCCUUUAGAGCUGGAUGAUAAAACCGGUAACAGAACUUUGCAAAGAAUUCCAAAUGUGUUCGGUAUAGUCAAAUUUGAAUAUAACUUCAGAAACAGUAACCAAGGAAACACAACGCCGCUCUCCUGGAUCCCCGUAAGCAAAGCUUUCUCAGAAAAUCAAACAUUCAAUAUCGGAAGAAGAGAUGGAGAUACUAUAAACUUUUGGGUCAAAGCCACUGACGUACUGGGCAAUCAUGGAAUCGACAUUACACAAAUAUCCUUCGACUCAAGUCCCCCCGAAGACUUGAGAAAGGCUGAUGUCAUUUUCCAACGAAAUGUUAAAGCAACCAAUUUUAGUUUUUCCAGCCGGCUUCUAGUAGACACAUAUGACAGAGAUAGUGGUAUCCAUAAAAUUAAAUGGGAAUUGAUAGCAAACAACAGCAAUAUGGUGUUUAGAAGUGGCGAGAUUCCAGGAAACAAAACAAAUAAGGAACUUGGGCGAAAGCUUGGAUAUCAAAUUCCAAAGGGGGACUUUUAUUAUUACACGCAUUAUCUCGAUAUCAACAACUGCUGGAUGGUUGUUUCAAAGGAAAAGUUCGCCACUGAGUUUGUUUUGUUGAAAUUGACUGUAUUCAACAUGGCGAUGGAACACACCCAGUAUAACAUGACAAUAACAGAUUUGGCCUCACUUGAUGGAAUGGAUGAAUAUUCUGGACCAAUAAAUCUCACAAUAGCUGCUACGUACGACAACGGUGUCCGUCUAAAGUGGGUGCUGCCCCCUACAUGUUAUGAAAGGACAACGAUUAUUGUGAAGUCAUUGUCUAUAAAUGGUCGGCUUCUAACAUGGACUGUCGACAAGAACGCAGACUGGUUUGACUUGACUGGAUUGGACCCAGAGACGAAUUACAAUUUGUCGUUUAUUACGAAUUAUGGAAGUCAAAUGAGUGAUCCAGUUGUAUUGCAGUUCCGUACAAUAGCCUCCCCUGCUGCUCUUACAGGAGGAGCCGUCGCAGGAAUAAGCAUUGCAUUCCUGAUUCUUCUUGGGAUCAUUGUUGCCAUGGUCGUUCUCUGGAGACUUGGGCGACUAUCCGUAAUCAAAGAAGAUAUACAGAGACGGGCCACUGUGGUCCGAAAGAACAUUGCUAAUCGCUUUUCAGCUGCAAAUAUAAAUGAAACUUAUGGAUGUGACGAUAUAUAUGUUUAUGGCCAAAUGGAGUUUAACGAGACAGACAGCAAGUUUAUUUCGAGUAAUGAUAUUGUUCUUGACGUCAUGUUGACGAGUGGAAGAUUUGCAGACAUUUAUAAGGCUCGAUACCUACCCCACAACAACAAAGCAAAACAAAAUGUCAUCGCUAAAACUCUCAAAAGUGGAUACAGUGAAGAAAACUUGCUGAUGAUGAAAGCAAAAAUCAAUUUCUUUGCCAAAGAAGUGGGAGACCAUCCUAACAUUAUCAGUUUUAUCGGUCCUGUAGUUGACAAUGAUGCCUUUGGGCCGUAUAUGGUUCUCGAAUAUUGCCAAAAUGGUCAACUUAGAGACUGGCUGUUGCAACAAAAGAAUAAAUCAACAGAGGAAACAGUAGAACUGCUUUACCGAAUAUCUUACGGAAUUUCAAAAGGAAUGUAUUACCUUGAAAUCAAAAAGUUGCUCCAUAAAAGAUUAGCUGCCAGGAACGUGUUGUUGAACGCAGAGUUGGAGCCAAAAAUUUCAGGGUUUGGCCCUGAACCACCACAACUUCAAAACAACGAAAGAGAUGGUGAUACUGAAGACAAGGAACGUAUUCCAGUGAAAUGGACAGCCCCGGAAUGUCUCACUUCCAUGAAAUAUGCGACUUCCAAAAGUGAUGUGUGGUCCUUUGGGAUCGUUUUGUGGGAAAUAUUUAGUUUGGGAGACACUCCUUAUCCAGGAAUACGCAGUAGAGAUUUAAUUUCUCUCGUCAAAAAUGGCCAAAGAAUGAAAAGACCAGAGUUUGCAAAUGAUUUUUACUAUGGGGUCAUGGCGAAAUGUUGGAGAGGUAAACCAAAACAGAGACCGAGCUUCAAAGACAUUUCGACGGAUAUUGGAAAAACCUUCAACGUAGCACCUUCGGAUGAAUAUUACUACUACUCGGAAAAAUGACAUUAUAUGAUAGAAAAACCGUAGUGUUUCGAUACAUGUAACACAGAAUCAAAGAAACAAACUUUUGCAAGAAUUCGUCUAGGCCAACAGGGAUUGUUUUAGCUGUAAAACAGUGCAUUUAAAGAGGCCGAUUUGGGUUUUUUUUGCGGAAAAACUACAAUAGCAUAACUCUUUAUUUUUUAACCAUAUGUAAUUUAAACCAACUCUAGUUUAUUUGCGAAGGUUCAUGAAAAUCGACCGUCUGGUUCUUUUUAGGGACCAUCUCAAAAGAGAGGUACAUUUACUAUUAAUAGGAAUAUAUAGGAAACUGUCAUUUUCCGCACAUCAAAGCAGUUUUAAAAAAAUAAUACAGUAGCUUUUUUUCUCAAAUUGUUAUAUUUGAUUAGUAAUAUCAUUUCCUACCUUAUAUGUAAAAAACACAAAAACCGUCUGGUUGUUAGUGGGGGCCAUCUCAAAAUAUAAAAAUGCACUAAAUUUUGCUAUAUAUUUGGAUCAUCACGAAUGAUGAUUGGUAUAAUGGAUUCGUUCCAAAAAUGAGGAAAAUGUCUUCGAGGAUAGCAUCUGUAUAUAAAAUUUCAACAGCGUACAAUUUUUACUUUUCUUUUAUGUUAUUUCUUAUUACGUACUCCUACAAAGCUUUAUUUUAUCAUAACGUCGUAAAAGCGCAAUGGCAAUGCUCCCCUACCGCACAACGUAAAAAUCGUGUUAAAAAUAAAAAUUUCCUUUAACAAUCUAAAUAUUUUUAUCUGUAUUUUGUUUAUUGUGUUCAAUUUUAUAAAUGAUAUCGGAAAAAAUUCAUAAGAAGUAUAAAUCAACUGCAUUAUAUUAGGAUGCGCAAAAUCAUGCGCAAUGGAAACUUAAGUCGGCCUCCUUAAAUAGAACUCAAUCUACUGAAAAGUAAUUCAUUUUAAAUUUGUUUUCUUAUUCUAUAUACUGUAUUUGAUCAGCCGGUAGUAAUAGUACCAUUUGUUACCGCCUUUUGGUUCGUUUUCAGUUUCACGGGUGCAAUUUUUUUAUUGCUGAUAUUCACAUUUCCUCAGCAAAUUUUCAUAGAAUGAGAUUUUUGUACCUUUUAUGAGUCAAACUUUAUCGGCAUGUGAUUGACUUUAAUACAAGAUGCCGUCUAAAGGUAUAAAUACAUAAACAGUGUAAUGAAAAGGGCUAUGAUCAUUUAAUCCAUCAUCUUUCACAAAGAACUAUACAUUUUCUUAUGAAUUUUUGAAAAUGAUUAUGAAUAACUAUUAUUCAGAAUUCUUUUUCUGUUGACAUAAUUAUGCAUGGUUAAAUGUAUAUAGUUAACAAGACGAAGCAUUAAUCAGCCCUCUUCUAGUUUUGGGUGACUAACAUGGAUUCCAGUGUUCUGUCUGGUCUGUUUUAGAUAUGCAAAUAUACCAUUAAUCUAUAUAGAGCUACAUUCAUGCUAUUUGUAUAAAAUUUACUUCUCUAAUAUUUGACAUCUAGCACCAAGAUACAGUGUAACAUAGAAAAAAUAUCAAAUUAUUUUUAAGUGUAAAAUCAUAAUUCCACAGUUUUUUGGGAGUUGAUUUUAAUCAACUCUCCUAUGCAAUUGCUCUGGCAAACCGAAAGUGAAACAGUGUUUUAAACUAAGCACAAAUCAUCACAACUGACAAGACUUAGUUCUCGAAAAUAAUAGAAAAAUUCGAUGUAAUGUAUGCUGAAGCAUUGUUUUUCAAAGAAACUUAUCAAUAAACACAUUGAAAAGUCAGAUUUUAUAUAAUACGAACAAUUAAGUUACUUUUAUAGUCUCAUGUAUUCCUACGCCAGAAUUUAAUAUAGCCUCGUUCAACCGGACGCUCGGCUGUCUCCGUAAAUCUCCGACAAGCAGAGAGGCUCUCUUGCUUGUCGGAGAUUAACGGAGACAGCCGAGCGUCUGGUUGAACGAGACUAGAGUUUGAUAUCAAUAGUGCUUGGAUCCAUACAAUUUUUAGAAUUGCUUCGAUUACUUAUACAUAGUUUGAAAUCUAUCUUUAAAUAUUACAAAAUAUGAUUCAUAUGGGGUUUUUCGAAAUUCUUGUAGGAAAAGUCUAAAAUUCAUAUUAUAAAAAAGUGCGUAAUUCAAAUACAGACUAGAAACUAAUUGCCAUGCAAGAUACGUUGAUUUUAAAAUAAAUGAUAAUCGAUAAAAUCAACUCCCGCCAGUACUUCAGUACUUUGUUUUGGUUUAGUUCUCUUUCCGCUGAUUUCCAUGUUCUUGAUAA